AGCUGUCACCAUGUGUAUUUCACAUUUUGCUCUUGGUAGCUUUUCUUCUCUCCAUCUCGCUUCUUCUUGUUGAUUUGGUUGGUGUGGACCUGCGCAGGAAAAACAACGCUCAGCCAUGGCGGUUUCUGAGAGAUCUACUAAAGAGGGAUUAUUGAGUGUUUUAGACGACGUGGAGGUGUUAUCAAGGGAAUUGAUCGAAAUGUUGGCGAUAUCAAGAAAUCAGAAGUUACCACAGCCUGGAGAGGAGAGUCAAAUCCUGGAGUUAUUGGUGCAGAGGGACGGGGAGUUUCAGGAGUUAAUGAAGGUGGCUCAGGAGCAGGGCAAAGUCCACCAGGAGAUGCAACUUCUGGAGAAGGAGGUGGAGAAGAGGGACAGUGACAUCCAGCAGCUGCAGAAGCAGCUUAAAGAAGCUGAACACAUACUGGCAACUGCAGUAUAUCAAGCAAAGGAAAAACUAAAAUCAAUAGAAAAAGCAAGAAAAGGUAGCAUCUCCUCUGAAGAAAUUAUCAAGUAUGCUCACCGCAUCAGUGCCAGUAAUGCGGUGUGUGCGCCUCUGACAUGGGUGCCAGGUGACCCCCGCAGACCAUACCCGACUGACCUGGAGAUGAGGGGUGGGUUGUUGGGACAGAUGAGUAACCUCCCUACCAGUGGUGUCAAUGGACACCUGCCUGGGGAUGCACUGGCUGCUGGGAGAUUACCAGAUGUGUUGACGCCGCAGUACCUGUGGCAGUCGAGUGAUAUGUCUAUGAACAUGCUACCUCCGAACCACAGCAAUCACUUCAUGCUGGAGCCUCCGGGACACAACAAGGAGAAUGAGGAUGAUGUGGAGGCGAUGUCCACAGACUCCUCCAGCAGCAGCAGCGAUUCAGACUAGAUGUAAAGGAAAGUGAGGAGAGAGAGCGUGCAAUGGACUCGGGACUUACUAACUGCAUUUUAGCAGCUGAGCAGAAACUGCUAUUAAACUUUUCCCUGUUGCAGAAGGGAGUGAAAAUGGCUGCAGUUGGAAAAGCAUACUGGACUCCGCUGUAAACUGACUAUUUAAACACACAUUGAUACUGAUCUUUUGCCUUGCAGUACAUUGAGCUAAAAGAGCCAAUAAACAAAGGCCCAUUAUCUCCUAUUAAACACAGCUUCAGUAGAGACAGGGCAGUACUAAACAGACACUUAAGAAUACCCUGCUUCAGGUAUGAGUUCAUUGGAGAAUGGUUCAUUGAUUUGAUGGUGCAUGAUGUUGUUAUAGUUAGUAGCACCCAAGGAACUUAAAUUCUUUGUACUGAAGUGGAUAAUAUGCAACAGAUAGGAUGCAUUCGGUUAAGUUACUAUUUCAAAAUAGUAUCUAGUGGUGAUAGCUUUUCUACUGAAGUGGUCUGCAUUAGUCUGGAAUUUGUAAAUAGUACUGGAAUAUGUCAAUUGUGACAUUUUCCUACUUUGUAAAUUGAGUUGAAGAUAAAAAUAAUCCAGACAUUGAAUUAAAUUUGUACAAUUGAAGGUGUAUCAAAAUGUGAUGAACAAGUUCCACUAGAACCAGCACAGACUGUAUUCUAACAGUAAGUUAGCUGCUAAUGCAGAGCAGAGAGGCUUGAGUGAAGUCACAAGGAUACAUAAUUUUGUUAAUGAAAAAUGUAAAUACGGACUAAAAGCAGAAAAUAUGGCUUUUUUUAUAGAGUUAUAUAUAGUAAAGUAAACAAAGUGAUGAGCUAAACUACAUUUAAUAUUCCUCAAACUUUACAUUACAGAUGCAGUUAUGUUUGCAAGAAGGGUUGGUGUUAACCUAUGUUAAUGCUUUAAGUUAAAUAAUCAUGAUACCAACUAUCCAGUGUAUUAGUUAGAAAAGCUUUCCUUAAAUAACUGUUCCAUGUGCACACUGACCCACUGUUAAACAGUUAAGGUUCUUUUAAGAUGGUAAAACUUAAUAUUUGCUAUGGAAAUUGUUUCAUAUCAGAAUUUUGCCUUUUUGCUAAUUUUGAAGGUAAUUCUGUUUGUACUUUGUUACUCUAUAGUUUGAUUAUGUUUAGCAUUAUGAUGAUUACUUAAUAAAACUGGUACUGGUUAAAGAUGGCACUUCCAUUUAAAAAAAAAAAAAAGUAUGUAAAGAUGAAAAAUGUUCUUAAUGAGCAUAAGUGGGUCUACAAGGAAUCGGUAUACAUGAAGUGUCAUUUUUGGCUGUCACUUCCCUUGUCAUUUUAAGAUUCCACCGUUAAUACAUAAGUUACCCUAUCCAAGGUUUAUUGCAUGGGGUUACAACUAUGCCCUGUAAUUGGUAUUGAAACAUCAGACUGUACAUUCACUGUGGUAAUUCAAUUCACAUUACAGCAUUUGUUUAAUUUAAAACAGCAGUGAUACAAUGCAUUUAACAUAUGGGGACAUGUUCAUAAUGCAUUAACAUGUAGGUAAACACAUUGGCCUGCAAUACAUUAACCAGCACUCUGAUGUACGAAUACAGCACCGAUAUCUAUUGUUGAGUUGGUGUUCUGUUGUGAGAUGUCAAACAGUUGUUUUUUCAGGCAGGCUAAAGGCAGGAAAAGCUAGCUGUCUGGUGGGAAGUCUUCCCAUUUUAUCCAGGUCCAUCCUAUUACAGAGAUCAUGUUUUAAGUUAAUAGAAGAAAGUUGCUGCUGAAUUGCAUAUAUCUGUGUGAACCAUACAAAGUAUAGGAACAAAGACAUACAACUCAAAUGUGUGAAGUCGACAGCGUAGGGAAACUUCUCAGUAGGCAAGCUUAGGUCCAAUUGGAAACAAGGUGCUUCAGAUCAAUUCAGUUGUCCGGUGUAAAAUAUUUACAUAAAAGGAGAGCUUCAGAUCAAGAUAUACCUGCUUCUCUUAACCCUCCUAUACACAAAAGUUAUUUGUAACAUAAUAAAAUAGAAAUCCCAUUUUGAUAGUUUAAAGAUGUUUCUGUAUUCACUAUUAAGUAUGUCAGCACAGGUAUUUGAAAUGAAGAUUAUAAUGGACAAGGGAUGUUGCCUACUUGUGAAACUAAAUAUACGAUGGAAACUGUUUAAUGCUGUGUGUUUGCAGUAAUGAACUUGCCUAUUGCCAUAUUCUUAUUUUUCUGUGUGCACUGAAUCCUUUGUAGGCCUAUUUUGUUCACCUUUGCUUUUUAAUGUACAUUUGCCUCCAAGAUUAUAUUGUUUAAAGACAGGA